GCCAGAAAAACAAAACAGAAGAAAGACCCGGGGGACAGCACGUGUGUGUUAAAAUGGGGAAAAGGAGGCAAAAACAUCAGAAUUUAACCGGUUUAACCAAAAAACAGAGGAAACACCUGAAGGAGUUUGGAGAGCAGCACCCGUUCCACGAUGUUGCUGACAGACCUCAGAAAACACAGAUUGUCCGCCUGCCCAGCCGUCCUGAGCGCUCCAGGCCCAGGAGUGAUGAAGAUGUUGAGGAAGAGGAGGAGAAGCCGUCUGCGUAUCAACAGCUGCUGUCAACAAUGAGCCGCAGCGCUGGCGACCUCGGUGAGGAUGUGGAGAGCGAUGAAGAUGAGGAGGAGGAUGAAGAAGUAGAAGAUGAACUGGCUGGUGCUGAUGAAGGAGAGGAUGAGGAUGAAGAUGAUGAUCUAGAACAAAGUGGAGAGGAGAGUGAUGAAGAGGAGGAGGAUGGAGAAGAAGGGGGCAAUGAAGUACCUGCAAACUCUGAGGAGAAAAACAAUGUGGAUGGAGAGAAGCAGGCAGGAGAGAAGGGGAAUGGAGAAAAAGAGCUGGAAGAGGAGUUCGUUGAUGAAGCUCAUGAAGAGAAGUUCUGUCUGGAGUCAAACCUCCCUGCAGAAGCAGAACAGGAGAAGACGGAUCAGUCGCUGGAGGAGGAUUUGCUUCUGAAGCAUCACGAAACAGAGCUGAGUGAUGAAGAGGUGAAGAAAAUCUCUGAGGGCUCUAAACUCCGGACUCAGGUUAAGUGGUCCAGACUGGGUGUGCUGCAGUGUGUGCGCCCCCUGGAGCGGUUUCCCUCCGUCGGUCAGGCUUCUUCUGCCCCCCUGCCUUCCUUCCACAAAGCACUGGAGGCAAACUGGCGUUCACUCAACCAGCCUAAGGGGGGCGCUGCAUCGGACCUCACAGACCUGCAGAAAGAGCUGCUCAGACUCAUGGGGUCCUACAGGGACAUUUACUACCCAGAAUGCUCUCCAGUGGUGGAAGGUCCGGAGGUUAGGCGGGCGUACUGCCUCCAUGCCCUCAACCAUGUGCUAAAGGCUAACUCCAAGGUUCUUACCCAUAAUGCUCGGCUGAAGGAGGCUAAGGGGUCGGAAGAGGAGGAGUUCAGAGACCAGGGACUGACCAGACCAAAGGUGCUGAUCCUGGUGCCGACUCGGGAUGGAGCUCUGCGGGUGGUGCAGACCUUCAUCAGUCUGCUGGAGCCCAAAGAGAAGAAGAUGGACGUCAGUAAUAAGAAGAGAUUUAAGGACGAGUUCGGAGAGGAUCCCAACGACAAACCGACAAACCUGCACCGGCCGGACGAUUACAACGCUGUGUUCUCGGGCAACGUGGACGACCACUUCAGGAUAGGUCUGUCCAUUCUGAAGCGCAGCAUGCGGCUCUACUCUCCGUUCUACUCGUCCGACAUCAUCAUUGCGUCUCCGCUGGGUUUGCGGACGCUGCUGGGUGUGGAGGGUGAAGCUCAGCGAGACUUUGACUUCCUGUCCUCCAUCGAGCUGCUGGUGCUGGACCAGACGGACGUUUUCCUCAUGCAGAACUGGGAGCACAUGCUGCACGUGAUGAAGCACAUUAACCUGCAGCCGCUGGACUCUCACGGCGUGGAUUUCUCCCGAGUGCGGAUGUGGAACCUGAAUAACUGGGCGGGUUAUUACAGACAGACGCUGAUAUUCAGCGCCAUCCCGGACCCGCAGAUCAACAGCAUCCUCACCAAACACUGCAGGAACUACAGAGGACAGGUUGCUACUAAGAACCUCCCCAAAACAGGCUCCAUCUGCCAGGUGCUGGUGCAGCUCCCACAUGUGUUCCAGAUGUUCCAGGCUGACAGUUUCAUGGACCAGGACACCAGGUUCCAGUUCUUUGUGGAGAAGGUGCUCCCGCAGUACAGAGACUCCGUCAUGUCCCACACUCUGAUCUACGUGCCGAGCUAUUUUGACUUUGUGCGUUUGCGUAACUUCCUGAAGAAGGAGGACGUCAGCUUCAGCAGCAUCAGCGAGUACUCCAAGCGCUCGGAGGUUUCCAAAGCUCGGCAUUACUUCCAGAAAGGAGAGAAACAGUUCCUGCUCUUCUCCGAGAGAUUCCACUUUUACAAGAGAUACACCAUAAAGGGCAUUCAGAACCUGAUAUUCUACGCUUUGCCCACCUACGCUCAUUUCUACAGCGAGGUAUGCAACAUGCUGCAGACCAGCACCGGCGCAGCCGCUCUCACCUGCACUGCCCUGUACAGCCGCUACGACACGCACAGACUGGCGGCCAUCACGGGGGCCGAACGCGCCGCCCAGAUGAUCCAGUCCAACAAAUCUGUUCAUCUUUUCAUCACCGGAGAGGAGAAGAGUGCGUGAAGGAGGGAGUGAGAGACGAUACCAUGAAAGGCUGGAUAUCAGAUCCUGCAGCUUUCACACCUUCAUCAAUGUGAAAGAAGACAUGGAGAGAUUAGAGGAAGCCCAAACAAGCUUGAUGGCCUGUAGUGACCAAAAUGUAGCCAGUACAUUAUUUGUGACUGUUUCAUUUGUGUUCUGUCUGCUGAACGCUGGCAAAAAUAUCAUUCAACCAAAUUGAAAAUCUCACCAAUUCUCCAAAGUUUUUGCAUAAUCCAGUGUGUGAGAUGUAAACAGAGAGAUUCAGAGUGGUUUGGUGUGAAAUGGUUCAGAUGUCUUUACAGUGGUGGUGAUAGGAACCAGGGGUCGCCAUGACUACAACACA